CGUUUGGCUUUCUCAAACAGAGGCAUAUUUUGUGUUGUGGCGUUCUUUGUGAAAAGCUUAUUUUAAAAUGCCAAACUGCAACAGCAGCAAAUCCUCAUCGUCAACUUCAUCUUCGAGUUUAUCCCGAUCAUCCUCUUUUUCGGAAGACUGUGACGACUCCAUGGCUGCUGUAACAUACUGCCCAAAAUCACCACAGCAAGAAAGUGAUAGCGAGGAUAGCAACGAUGAAACAUUUAAUCCAUCAGCCAAUUCUACGACUGUAUUCCGCCCACUUUUGGAGAAUUUUCCGCGUGACACCGCUAGUACAGUUGUGCAGCAAAGUGUUGAUAGCACAUCAAUUUCUUACGCGGCACCAUCACUCAGUAAUUCACAACCUGGCACUUCAACUUCAAAAAUGGUAAGUUCUUCCAUAAUUCCAAAUAGUCCAUUGAAAAAGGGGAAAAAAGAGCAAAACAGCCAGAAAAAUGGAAGAGAAAAAUCAUAAAAAGAAAAGAAAUAGUGGAAUGGAGUAUGAAUCACACACGCUGAUGAAAAAAGUUAAACCUGCAAGACAAAUGAAAA